AUGUUUGGUUUAGUUAAGUUCUUCAACGAAACGCCGGUCUCUGUUCUUGUUCCUCAGUGGCGCAAUCUUUCGCCUUUGUCACCGCUGUUCAGCGGCCUUCCUCCAGCGGUCGUGAUUGACAAAUUAGUCAGCUAUCUCCGGGCAGCCUGUGAUAGGUCUUUAAAGAAAGAGGAACGCGCCGCUGUACUCGUGAGGGUUGGUCUUCUUGUGGAAUGCCAUGCGGAUCUGGUAAAGGAGCAGGCACUUAUGCCCCUCAUCGUUUGCAACGUCAUGGAAGCCAUUACUGAAGCCCUUGAUGUCAUCCUGGUUUUGGCGGAGACCAUGCCGCCUUCCGACUUAAAGGCUGAAAUAUGGACUUAUUUCAAAAAGAAUAUCGUAUCAUUGAACCCUGUCAACCGUUUCGCAGCCCUCUCGCUCGUCGGCACCGUUUCAGCAUCAUUUAUCCUCGAUGAUUCAAUACUCAGCCGCCCUCUGUGGUCAAGGAUCGAAGCUCUUGCACUGGAUCCUUGCCCCCUCGUCUUGCACAUACUUCCAACGCUUGCUCUUCACUGGAGACAAAACCCCCGCAUCAUGCAAAAAUGCCAGAAUCACUUGGCGUUCUUCUUGACGCUCCUGCAGUCGUGGAUAACAUGUCCUACUGAUCCCCGUUUCAUAGGUUCCGGCAUUCCUUUCGACCUCGUUGGUGGCCGAGCGCUCAAAGCCGUUCUAGAGAUGUACAGUGCUGCGGAUACAAUUAAACAGAAUCUGCCGAACAUUAUGACGGCACUCCAGAAGCUCAUCACCAAUCAACGGUAUAAACCGACUCAUGUCUUGCCAGCGGUCGAAAGUUUGGGGAUAGUCGCCUCUGCUGUUGAAGGAGCCUUUGAUCCUUACCUGCCUGAUGUCAUGAAAAUUGUGAACUCCUUUUUGACUGCGACCUCACUCGAGAGUCGAUCGGCAGCGAUGGCAGCCGUAAUCUGCAUAUCGAAAUCCUCGUCGCUCAACCAAUUUCGACCUUUUGUUUCACUCGUUUUACCCGCCGCCGUUGCGGGCGCUAAAGCUACCGAUGGGACUUACAAAGUACGCUGCUUGUUCGCUAUGGGCAUUGUUCGAUCAUACAUUGGAGAGCUUUCGGACAACGAGAUUUUUUCCAUUGGCCUGCUCACACUACAAAUUCUCAAGCAUGUUCCACUGGGACAAUCUCACGAUUGUUGCUCCCAAGACACCGUUGAAAAGCUGGCAGCUCUGGAAGCUUUCACCGCCCUUAUGGACGCUGCACCAGACUCCUUCUUUGGGACUUUUUUCCGCUCAACCUGCGAAAUACUUAUCAAACUUUUGUCCGCUCCGUGCUACGGGCUGAAAGAUUAUGUUGCAGUGGCGGUUGUUGCAAUGGUGGUCAACGACCACUUAUCUUUGGGGCAGCACUUGAAUGUUGAAUGUAACACUUUGAAGGGCCUUGCUCGAUCGCCGCAAUUGCGAUCACCGCUAAAGGAGUGCAUCCAAGAUCUGCUUUUGGGAGAGACCAUCUCAUCAGCUUCGAGUUGGCUGUGGUACAGAGACAGGCUUCUACCUAAAUUCCGGGAAGCAAUGAUCAUUCUAGACAACGCCACUCAGGCGGUACAUGCAGCUAGUACAACAAAGCUGCGUUGUGCUGCUCACACACUGCACCUCUCGUACGCGUUGGGCCAGCACAGAAGGUUCCGUAUUCCGAGAGUCCGAACUGCCGCCGAUCCGCCAGUCCGCCUCUCCAGAGUUCGCACGACACCUACCUCUGCAAACGCGGUCACGGCCCUCUUAAACACCUGUGGGCACUGCCCGCUCGACGCAGUUGUGCAAGGAUCUGUAUCAACCACAGACGGUUACGACGCACAGGAAGGCCAUAGCGUACAAGGAGUCCAAAAUGCCCCCUCCCUUGACAAAUGGCGAAUGGCCACCCUUGACGAACGGCACCCUCGACAAAAGGCGAAUGGGCGAACGGCCUCCCCUUUCGAUGGACUAACCCCCCUUCCCCCCUCGACAAAUGCCGAACGGCCUCAUCUUUCAACGAACGGUCCCCUCUCUUCCUCGACAAAUGGUGAACGGCCCCCUUUCGACGAACUCAACGAACAGCCCUCUCCCUCCCUCAAAAAAUGGCGCCCUGCCGUCGACAAAUGGCAAAACUUCUCAUUUCUCGACAAAUGGCCUCCUACCUUGACAAACGGCCCUUUCUUGACAAAUGGCCCUUUCUUGACAAACGGCCCUUUCUUGACAAACGGCCCUUUCUUGACAAACGGCCCUUUCUUGACAAACGGCCCUUUCUUGACAAACGGCCUCCCCCUCGAUGAACGCUCUCCUCCUUCGACGAAUGGCCUCCUCCCUCCCUCAACGAACAGCCUCCUCCCUCCCUCGAUGAGCACACUCCCCUUCAACGAACGGCCUCAUCUCUCCCUCGAUGAAUGGGUUCCCCGUAUUUCUAUUUUGUUGCUGUCCACCCUUGAUGUCAUCCUGGUUUUGGCGGAGACCAUGCCGCCUUCCGACUUAAAGGCUGAAAUAUGGACUUAUUUCAAAAAGAAUAUCGUAUCAUUGAACCCUGUCAACCGUUUCGCAGCCCUCUCGCUCGUCGGCACCGUUUCAGCAUCAUUUAUCCUCGAUGAUUCAAUACUCAGCCGCCCUCUGUGGUCAAGGAUCGAAGCUCUUGCACUGGAUCCUUGCCCCCUCGUCUUGCACAUACUUCCAACGCUUGCUCUUCACUGGAGACAAAACCCCCGCAUCAUGCAAAAAUGCCAGAAUCACUUGGCGUUCUUCUUGACGCUCCUGCAGUCGUGGAUAACAUGUCCUACUGAUCCCCGUUUCAUAGGUUCCGGCAUUCCUUUCGACCUCGUUGGUGGCCGAGCGCUCAAAGCCGUUCUAGAGAUGUACAGUGCUGCGGAUACAAUUAAACAGAAUCUGCCGAACAUUAUGACGGCACUCCAGAAGCUCAUCACCAAUCAACGGUAUAAACCGACUCAUGUCUUGCCAGCGGUCGAAAGUUUGGGGAUAGUCGCCUCUGCUGUUGAAGGAGCCUUUGAUCCUUACCUGCCUGAUGUCAUGAAAAUUGUGAACUCCUUUUUGACUGCGACCUCACUCGAGAGUCGAUCGGCAGCGAUGGCAGCCGUAAUCUGCAUAUCGAAAUCCUCGUCGCUCAACCAAUUUCGACCUUUUGUUUCACUCGUUUUACCCGCCGCCGUUGCGGGCGCUAAAGCUACCGAUGGGACUUACAAAGUACGCUGCUUGUUCGCUAUGGGCAUUGUUCGAUCAUACAUUGGAGAGCUUUCGGACAACGAGAUUUUUUCCAUUGGCCUGCUCACACUACAAAUUCUCAAGCAUGUUCCACUGGGACAAUCUCACGAUUGUUGCUCCCAAGACACCGUUGAAAAGCUGGCAGCUCUGGAAGCUUUCACCGCCCUUAUGGACGCUGCACCAGACUCCUUCUUUGGGACUUUUUUCCGCUCAACCUGCGAAAUACUUAUCAAACUUUUGUCCGCUCCGUGCUACGGGCUGAAAGAUUAUGUUGCAGUGGCGGUUGUUGCAAUGGUGGUCAACGACCACUUAUCUUUGGGGCAGCACUUGAAUGUUGAAUGUAACACUUUGAAGGGCCUUGCUCGAUCGCCGCAAUUGCGAUCACCGCUAAAGGAGUGCAUCCAAGAUCUGCUUUUGGGAGAGACCAUCUCAUCAGCUUCGAGUUGGCUGUGGUACAGAGACAGGCUUCUACCUAAAUUCCGGGAAGCAAUGAUCAUUCUAGACAACGCCACUCAGGCGGUACAUGCAGCUAGUACAACAAAGCUGCGUUGUGCUGCUCACACACUGCACCUCUCGUACGCGUUGGGCCAGCACAGAAGGUUCCGUAUUCCGAGAGUCCGAACUGCCGCCGAUCCGCCAGUCCGCCUCUCCAGAGUUCGCACGACACCUACCUCUGCAAACGCGGUCACGGCCCUCUUAAACACCUGUGGGCACUGCCCGCUCGACGCAGUUGUGCAAGGAUCUGUAUCAACCACAGACGGUUACGACGCACAGGAAGGCCAUAGCGUACAAGGAGUCCAAAAUGCCCCCUCCCUUGACAAAUGGCGAAUGGCCACCCUUGACGAACGGCACCCUCGACAAAAGGCGAAUGGGCGAACGGCCUCCCCUUUCGAUGGACUAACCCCCCUUCCCCCCUCGACAAAUGCCGAACGGCCUCAUCUUUCAACGAACGGUCCCCUCUCUUCCUCGACAAAUGGUGAACGGCCCCCUUUCGACGAACUCAACGAACAGCCCUCUCCCUCCCUCAAAAAAUGGCGCCCUGCCGUCGACAAAUGGCAAAACUUCUCAUUUCUCGACAAAUGGCCUCCUACCUUGACAAACGGCCCUUUCUUGACAAAUGGCCCUUUCUUGACAAACGGCCCUUUCUUGACAAACGGCCCUUUCUUGACAAACGGCCCUUUCUUGACAAACGGCCCUUUCUUGACAAACGGCCUCCCCCUCGAUGAACGCUCUCCUCCUUCGACGAAUGGCCUCCUCCCUCCCUCAACGAACAGCCUCCUCCCUCCCUCGAUGAGCACACUCCCCUUCAACGAACGGCCUCAUCUCUCCCUCGAUGAAUGGGUUCCCCGUAUUUCUAUUUUGUUGCUGUCCACUACCCCGCAGUUGCGUGUACUCGUCGCGCUCGGCCCCAUUUCUUUUCUGAAAUAUGCGGAUCGGCGGAUCGGCGGCAGUUCGGACUCUCGAAAUACGGAACGUCCUCCCGUGUGGAGUCGCGCACAGAGCCCAUCUGCCGCAAUUGUUUCGUUUCACGCCGAGGCCAUCUGA